AUGGUUAUAGACGGAAAUACAAUCAUAAUCCUCCACAAAGGAGGCGAAAGUAACACAGCUACAGCAAAAAUGCUUAAAAUUAAUCGAAUGACAGUCUGGAAAAUUGUCAAAAAAUUUCAAGAGAAUGGCUCCAAUGCUGGUCGACUUGGACGUGGCCGAAAAAAAAGUGUACUGACACCUCAGCUUAUCAAAAGUGCCAGAGAAAAGAUACGGCGAAAUCCUCGUUGUUCUGUCAGAAAACUGGCUGUCACAGUAAAAAUAAGCCGAAGAUCAAUGUGUCGAGUACUGAAGGAGCGUCUCGGGAGUCAACCCUACAAGAUGAUCCACCGUCAUGAGCUCAUGCAAGUUUAUAAGGCCAUGAGACAGGAAGAAAGUCGUCUUAUCCUGCGUCAGAUUGCUAAAGGCACGUUGUCCGACCUGUUGUUCACUGAUGAAAAGAACGAACAACGGACAGUAAACUACCAGAAUGACCGACUUUGGAGUAUAUCUAGCUCCGUCGAGAGUAGACUCGUAAAUUGA